CAACAGUAGCGCAGCCGAAGAGAGAUUUUCUACGCGCCGCGUUACAAGGUGCGCGCCGAUUGAGCGAAGAAAUCCGGGAUCAUGCCACCGCAGGAGCAGUUCAGCGCCAAGGCCGGGGAUCGGGCGCAUCAGCAGGAAGAUACCGAUCCCAUCGGGGGUGUGGUCGUGGGAUCUAGUGGGGAACAAGUGCGGGGGAAAGCCGAGCUCGCGCCGAGGACGGGCAACGGGGACAGGAAUGCCGGCAAGGAUGUGGAUUUCGACGAUCUGUUGCCCUACGUUGGGGAGUUCGGCAAGUACCAGAAGAUACUGUUCGUGCUGAUGGUGCCAUUCGCCUUCUACGUUGCUUGGGUUUACUUCUCGCAGAUAUUCAUCACCCUCGUGCCCGAGGAGCACUGGUGUCGAGUGCCCGAACUCGUGGACCUGCCGGUUGAAAGAAGAUUAGCCCUGGCAAUACCACCAGCUCGCUACGGUAAUGGCAAGUCCAGGUGCGAAAUGUACGACGUCAACUACACGGACGUGCUGCGACGAGGGCUCGAAGCGGCCGAUCCCGAUUGGCCCACUAAGAAGUGCGAUCACGGCUGGGAAUUCAAUUUCACGGUCAUACCCUACCCGACCGUCGCCACCGAGCUAGAAUGGGUCUGCGACUACAAUUGGCUGCCCACCGCCGCCCAGAGCAUAUUCUUCGUAGGGGCGAUCUUUGGCGGACUGAUAUUCGGCUACGUGGCGGACCGGUACGGCCGCGUGCCCGCCCUCGUCGGCACCAACCUCGUAGGCUUCGUAUCCGGCGUGGCCACCAUAUUUGCCGGUAGCUUCUGGCAAUUCGCCCUCUGCCGAUUUUUGUUCGGCUUCGCCUUCGACAACUGCUUCACCAUGAUGUACAUUUUAGUGCUGGAGUACGUGGGGCCAAAGUGGCGCACCUUCGUGGCCAACAUGUCGAUAGCGUUGUUCUUCACCUUCGCCGCGUGCGCCCUGCCGUGGAUCGCCUACUUCCUGGCCGACUGGCGACUGACGUGCGUCGCGACCUCGGUGCCACUCGUACUCGCGGUGGCUGCUCCCUGGCUGGUGCCGGAGAGCGCGAGGUGGCUCGUCAGCCAAGGCCGGGUCGACGAGGCCCUGAGGAUACUCGGCAAAUUCGAGAGGAUCAACGGCACCAAGGUACCCGACCACGUUUACAGGGACUUCAAGGACACGUGCGCGAGGGCCCGCAAGGACGAGGAGGCCGACAAGUCGUACUCGGUCCUGGACCUCUUCCGGAGCCCGAGGCUGCGAAACAUCACGGUCCUCCUCAUCGUCAUCUGGAUGGCCAUCUCGUUGGUGUUUGACGGCCAUGUGCGUAACGUCGACAACCUGAGGCUCGACGUGUUCGUGACCUUUACCAUAGCCUCGGCGACCGAGCUGCCGGCCGACACUUUUCUCACCCUCGUGUUGGACAGGUGGGGCAGGCGUUGGCUCGCUUGCGGCUCCAUGGCCAUCUCCGGGAUCUUCAGCAUCUGGGCGAGCCUCGUCACCAACAACAUAUACGCGGCGACGCUCGCGAUAAUGGGCCGGUUUUGCGUGAACAUAUCGUACAACAUCGGGCUGCAGUACGCGGCCGAGCUCCUGCCGACGGUGGUCAGGGCGCAGGGAGUCGCGCUCAUCCACAUAAUGGGCUACGUGGCGAGCAUAGUCGCGCCCUUUGUCGUCUUCCUUGAGGUGGUGUCGCCGGUGCUGCCGCUCUUUAUCCUCGGGGUCUUGGGUGUCGUUGGGGGUGGCCUCGCGCUCUUCCUCCCCGAGACGCUCGACCAGGACCUGCCACAGACGCUGCAGGACGGCGAGGAGUUCGGCCGGGACCAGGGCAUCUGGGACAUGCCCUGUUUCAUGAAGAGGGCCGACGACGAGGGUCCGACCCUGAGUCUCAGGAGGACCUCGACGAUACGCAGCUCGAGGCGAGCGUCCAUUCGGGGAGAGACGCUGAGGAGCAGCAUGAUCCUGAGAUCGAGCAUCAGGUCGAGGAGAAGCAUCGCGCCGCACGUCGAAGAGGAGAGGCUUUAGAACUCGGCUUGCUUUUUUCCCCCCACUUUUUUUUCAAGCUCCAUCGAUCGUGCGAGAUUUAAAAUAUCGUCACCACGUGGUGAACGGGACGUUUUGAAGAAGAAGAAUCUGCCAUCCAACGUGAUCGGUAAAGUCGAAAGGAGCGGAAAAGAAAAUUAUAAUUAUUUUCCGAUCUGUUUGUCAUUCUUGUCUUUACCAUACGUACUUUCAUUCAUGAUGACUAGCGGGCGCGUGUAAAAUUGAUUGUGUUUGUACAUAAGUGAUAACGUAUAGUUUAGUAUGUUUUAUUUUUUUUUUAAUUUCAAUGUUACGUAUAUAUUAUAAUUGUUAUUUCAUGUAUCUGAUUUUACGCAUAAAAAUAAGUAGGUAUUGAUAUUACAGAGGUAAAUCAAUCAAAACGUCGUGGUGUAUAAAAAGAGAAUUUCAAAAUAAACAAUCCUGUGUAUAAA